GCUGCCGCACAUCACGUAACAGCAACAGUCAAGGUUAUGUAGCGCGUUCAAGAGGAAGUAUGGGCUCACAUCUGGCAUAUGUUUGUCGGUCGGUCACCAAACGACAGGAUGCAUUUUGCUGAUUUCGUGUCUGGAUCAUGUGCAGGGGCAUGUGGAGUUGCAGUGGGCUACCCCCUGGACACGGUGAAGGUCCGGAUACAAACACAGAAGCAGUUCACAGGCGUAUAUCAGUGUGUAGUGGAGACAUUUUCAAAAGAAGGGGUGCAUGGCUUCUUCAAAGGCAUGUCCUUACCCAUUGCCACAAUCGCUAUGACGUCCUCGGUGGUGUUUGGCACAUACAGGAACUGCUUGCAGUGUCUGAGCCAGGCGCGAGGAGCUUGUUCUGGUCCAAACACUAAACAAGAAGUCUUCCUUUCUGGAAUGGCUGGAGGCAUAGCUCAGGUAUCAGUGAUGUCUCCAGGUGACAUAGUGAAAGUACGUCUGCAGUGUCAGACAGAGUCCAGGAAAACUUUAACCAACCUGCCUAAACCAAAGUACCACGGUCCAGUUCACUGUCUGCUGAGCAUCAUCAAAGAGGAGGGACUCAUGGGGCUCUACAGAGGAGCUCUUCCUCUCAUGUUAAGAGAUGGGCCAUCAUAUGCCACAUACUUUAUGACUUAUGCAACCAUCUGUGAAUGGUUUGCAGACGGCAGUAAGAAAAAAUUGGAUUGGCAUGUUGUGAUGCUGGCUGGUGGAAUAGCAGGAAUGGCAGGCUGGACUGUGGGAACCCCCAUGGACGUCAUCAAAGCCCGUCUGCAGACAGAUGGAGCACAGGAGACGAAGAAGUACAAGGGCUUUUUCCACUGCAUCGCAGAGACUGUGAGGGUGGAGGGAGCUGGGGUUUUCUUCAGGAGCCUGGGCAUCAAUUGGCUUCGGGCUUUCCCUGUAAAUAUGGUGGUGUUUUUUACAUAUGAGGUUCUAACUGGUCUUCUGCGAACUGGAGGUGGACGUGUUGACCCACCUCAGUUAGGUUUAGAGUAAUAUAUAGCAUUUUGUGGCUUUACGCAGUGCGUUUUUUACAUUACAUUGCAAUAUUUUAAAGGAAUGAUCAUUUUAUUGGCACUGAUAAAUAUGAAACAUAUCAUAGUCAGGUAGGUGAUGCAGAAAACUAAGUAUCAAGUACUGUUGGAACCAGAGACAUAUGCUGUGUGACCACUAGGUGGCCUCCCUGCCAAGCUUGUUACAGUUUCUCCUUGAUUUUUCUACUCAGUGUUAAUGAACGAAAACAGUUUGCAGAGAAUCAAGUGAAAGUGCUUUUAAGACCACUUUAAUUUCAGGUAUUUUUGAGUUUAUUCAAGACCAUUCAAGGUCUUCAGCUUAGAAUGAGCCGCAGUACGCACAGUAUACAGCAGUAAUGUUACCUGUCCAGGACCGUGCCACGUGUAUGGUUUUAGUUACUUACAUUGCAGUUUCUGAAAAUGUUACAUCUGCAGGAUGUAGCCUAAAUAUAUUGAACAUAUAUCAAUGUCUUAUUCAGACUUUUUGAACUGAAUUAUUUUUUAAUUGAAUGAGUAAAAAUAGACUCAGGAUAAUUACAUUCUGCAUAGCACUACAAAGGACUACGAAAUCCUUAAAGCAGAUUGUCUGUAAAUAUAAUAUGGAGUCCAUCUACAUAAACUUGUACAUGUAUUUUUUUCCCUCUCUGUCCCUUUUCUUUUGUAUUUCUCAAAACAGCUGCUGGUUGUGGUUUUAUUUUGGGGUGCUGCAUGUACACAGACAAGUCAGGGUUCUUCAAACACUGCAAAUUAUGUAAAUUAUUUAUCUCCCAUAAUGUAUUUGUACAGUUAU